AUGCAUGUCUGGGAGAACAUUGAGAUGGAAAGCGGCAUCUGGAAAUAUGAGACGACACGAGACGUGAAGCUUUGCUCUUCAGUGCCUGCUCACCUCAUCAUCGUGGCCAUACUCAAGUCGAUAUCCCUCCUCACUUUCGCAGCCGCGAGUGUACUGAUACAAAGUCAGCCCGCCCCCGGAGGCUGUACCGCCAGUCCCUUCACCGUCUCAAUUGCUGGAGCAGUCGAGCUCAAAGCAACUACCGCUAUCGUCCACGGAGAUGCAUCGUGGUACUGCAAUGACAGAACGACUACGAAAGCGGCCUCUGGCAACUCAUCUAUUUCUCAGAUUUGUGGCGGCGAUGCGUGCAAAUCGUCCAACCCAGUGGACUUGGCGAAGAGCUCGCUUUCAAGACCUGAUGCGAUCACGCCUGCAUACGCCGAGGGACCGCCGGGGCACAAAAUUCCAGGCUGUGGUGCCCUUUCCAAAACGCCAAAGUGGACACUAGGAACCAUCAUCUUCAUCAACGAGACUGGAGACGGAUCUUCUGCCAUUCAGACUCAGUCAAUCCAGUUCCAAGUCACCAAUGAAGCCACGGUGCAUGUAGUCGGUUGCCUGAACUACUUUCUGACUGACGCGGGAGAAAAUCCACGUCUUCGGAUUAACUGCAGCGGGCGUACAGAUCGUAAGAGUCGGUAUAACACCUAG